AUGGCGCCAAAUACACCAAUCCCCUUCUCCGAACCACCCUACCUCUCCGGCCUCCCUUCACCAUACUACUCAGCCUCCCACCUCGAAUGGCAGAAAAAAUGCCGCGCCUUCAUAACCGAACACCUCACCCAACACGCCAUGGAAUGGGAAACCGCCGAGACCGUCCCCGAGCACGUAUUCCACGACUUCAGCAAAGCAAACAUGCUUCUCCCCUCGCUCCCUGCUCCCCUCCCAGUGGAAAGAUUGAAGAGCUUGGGCAUACAUGAUAUCCUCGGCCUCCCUGUAGAGGAGUUUGAUUACUUCCAUAAUGCAAUUUAUACGGAUGAGAUGUUGAAGUCUGGGUUGGCAGGACCUUCGGGCAGUUUGACGACCGGAAUGGCAUUUGGUGUGCCCCCGAUCUUCAAAUUUGGCAGUAAAGAGUUGCAGGAUAGGUUUUUGCCUGAUCUGUUGACGGGAAAGAAGAGGGCUUGUAUCGCGAUUACGGAGCCGGAUGCUGGAAGUGAUGUCGCGAAUAUCCAAGCUACGGCCGUCAAGAGUAAAGACGGAAAGACGUAUACAAUCAACGGCACGAAGAAGUGGAUUACCAAUGGUAUAUGGAGUGAAGUGAGUUGUAUGGCUGUAAGAACCGGAGGGCCUGGACCCGGUGGAUUAUCUCUGAUGGUAGUGCCACUGAAAGGACAUGAAGGUGUGAGUAUGAGACGUCUCAAAGUCAGUGGACAGAUCAGUGCCGGAACCACCUACAUCGAACUCGACGAUGUAGUCGUGCCAGCAGAAAAUCUGAUCGGCGAAGAAGGCAUGGGUAUGAAAUACAUCAUGACAAACUUCAACCACGAACGCCUCACAAUCGCCAUCGGCUGUGCAAGACAAGCCAGAGUGGCCCUGAGCGCAGCAUUCGAAUACUGUCUCAAGCGCGAAGCCUUUGGUAAAUCCCUCAUGGAUCAACCAGUAGUACGCCACCGCCUGGCCAAGUGCGGCGCCCAGCUAGAAGCCCAAUGGUCAUGGACAGAAUCCUUCGUCUACGCCAUGAUAAAGCUACCCAAAAAGGACGCCGAUGUCGAACUAGGCGGUCUGACCGCAGCGGCAAAAGCACAAGCUGGAGUUGUGUUGAUGGAAUGUGCACAGUGUGCUGUGUUACUUUUUGGAGGCAACGGAUUCACGAGGAGUGGAAAGGGUGAAAUUGCUGAGAAAAUGUGGAGGGAAGUUCCUGGAAACAGAAUUCCGGGUGGUAGUGAGGAUGUGCUGUUUGAUCUUUCCAUCAGACAAUUGGUCAAGAAUUAUCAGAACAAGACAAAGAUGCUCGAGAGACCUCGUGGGUCUUCGAAGUUGUAG